AUGAAGUACAACUUAGCUGAGCGGAGAAAGCCUUGCCUGCCUGUUUGCAGCAUGGGAUCAGAUGAGCUGUCGCCGCUUAGUACGAGGGCACAUCUCCUGAGAUGUGUCCCUCGACUCGACCACAACAACAUCACCAUCCCAAAGCAGUACUUCACUAUGCGCAGCCUGAGCUUCAUUUUGCCGAGCAGCCUUCUGCUGUCGUUGGGCAUGAGCAGCUUGGCUCAGAAUAGCAGCUUCGUUUGCACUGGCAUAAAUCCCAUACAGGACUUCAACGCCUCCUUCACGUCACUCGGAUGCUACACGGACAGCACCACGCGUACACUGGACGGGAAGCAGAUCAACUUCGCCCAGAAUGACGGCCGAGCCUGCGCCGAUGCCUGUGGCUACAUGGGCUACAACAUGUCUGGUACCGAACACACGACCCAAUGCUUCUGUGGCAACAGCAUCAACCCAAUUGCGUCCAAGGUCUCUCAGAACUCGAGCACCUGCUCAUACGCCUGUCCAGGCAAUUCAUCUGAAGUAUGUGGAGGUACCUACUUCAUGAAUUUGUACGCGAUCAGCAACCCCAAUCCCAACCCGCCGCCGCAGACCCUUCGCCGAGAAGCCGUCUGCCAGACCAACCCUUUCUGCGCCAACAAGGCGUGCGAUGCUUCGCUCACCCAGGGCGAGCGCAUCGCAGCACUUCUCACACAGAUGUCUGUUGAGGAGAAGGCUACAAAUAUGGUCAAUUCUGCGACCGGUGUGCCGAGGCUUGGACUACCAGCUUAUGAGUGGUGGUCAGAGGCUUUGCACGGCGUCGCCGCGAGCCCAGGAGUCACCUUCAACUCACCAAACGGCUCCAACUUCAGUUACGCCACAAGCUUCCCAGAACCCAUCCUUAUGGGGGCCGCAUUCGAUGACCCCUUGAUCUACAAGGUUGCUUCUACUGUCGGGUUAGAGGCUCGUGCCUUCGCCAACUACAUGCAAUCUGGGUUCGAUUUCUGGACCCCAAAUAUCAACACCUUCUUGGACCCGCGAUGGGGGCGAGGUCUCGAAGUGCCCAGUGAGGACAGCUUCCAUGCACAGAGCUAUGUGGCGCAAUUCAUUCCCGGGCUCCAGGGAGGUCUCCAGAACACCGACCACAAGCAGAUCAUCGCGACUUGCAAGCACUAUGCCGUGUAUGACGUCGAGACCAACCGCCAUGGACAGAACUACGACCCGACCCAACAGGACUUGGGCGAAUAUUACUUGCAGCCAUUCAAGACGUGCGUUAGAGACGUCAACGUUGGCUCCAUCAUGUGCGCCUACAAUGCUGUCGACGGCGUGCCAUCCUGUGCCAACGCAUACCUGCUGCAAGACGUCCUUCGAGACUCGUGGGGCUUCAGGGAGCCAUACCAUUACGUUACCUCGGAUUGUGCCGCUGUGGACGACAUCCAUGAGCCUCAUAAUUUCACUGACAGCGUAGCGGCGGCAGCGGCGGUGGCCCUGAACGCGGGCACAGACACCAAUUGUGGGAGUUCCUACAAUGUGCUCAACGUCUCUGUGACCAACAAUUUCACAACCGAGAAGCAAAUGGACGUCUCCUUGACCAGGCUUUACAAUGCCUUGUUUACUGUCGGGUAUUUUGACGGGCAGCCCGAGUAUGAUUCUCUGUCCUGGUCCGAUGUCGGUUCGCCGUCGGCUCAGUCUCUAGCAUACCAAGCCGCUUGGGAGGGCAUGACGCUGUUGAAGAAUGAUGGGCUGCUUCCCCUGCAGACCUCGUACGGCUCAGUCGCCAUGAUCGGACCAUGGGCCAAUGCGACCACCCAGAUGCAAGGAAACUACCAAGGCAUUGCACCGUACCUAUUGAGCCCGUUGAUGGCAGCAGAGGCGCAAUGGUCAGAUGUGACAUAUGCCUUGGGCACCGUUAUCGACAGUUCUGACACUUCAGGCUUUGCUGCGGCUCUUGCUGCGGCUAAAGCAGCGGACGUCGUUAUCUAUGCGGGUGGUAUCGAUGUGAGCAUCGAAGCCGAGGGCAUGGAUCGCACGUCCAUCGUCUGGCCAGGCAACCAGCUUGACCUGGUGCAACAGUUGUCAGAGCUUGGCAAGCCGCUCGUGGUCGUGCAAUUCGGCGGCGGGCAGAUAGACGAUACUGCGCUGUUAAACAACGGCAAUGUCAACUCCCUUGUGUGGGGCGGAUAUCCCGGCCAGGACGGCGGUAACGCGCUCAUUGACGUCCUCGUUGCCGACUACGUCAAUGAGGUCUCGCUCUUUGACCCCAACCUCCGUCCAAGCAAUUCUUCCCCAGGCCGAACAUACAAGUGGUACAACAAGGAGCCGGUGUUGCCGUUCGGCUACGGGCUGCAUUACACAACUUUCAGCUACUCUUGGGGCACCAAGCCGAAUACCUCGUACGCUAUCAGCAGUCUCAUCCCCGGCGGCCCCGGCGGUAAUACCCCCUCCGUCAACGACGCCUCGCCAUGGACAACCGUCAGCGUCAACGUGUACAACACCGGCAAGCUCGCCUCCGACUACGUAGCCUUGCUAUUUCUCAAGACCCCCAAUGCCGGGCCAUCGCCGUACCCCAACAAAUGGCUCGUGUCGUACGCACGUGCGCACGGCCUGGCUGCUGGAGAGUCGCAGGGGGUACCGCUCAGCCUCAACCUUGGUGCGCUGGCGCGCGCCAAUGCAGACGGCGACCUGGCACUCUACCCGGGAGACUAUGAGAUGAUGCUCGACUAUGACUCGCGUUUGACCUAA